ACUAAAGAUGAUCGAUGACCAAGACCUUGGAUUUUUUGCCAAUUUUCUUGGCGUCUUUAUAUUUGUUCUUGUAAUAGCUUACCAUUAUGUGAUGGCCGAUCCAAAAUAUGAGGGGAACUGAGAACUUGUUUGUUGCCUACAUUUUUUUUUGCACUAUUCAAUGGGGCCUUAUAUGGGAUAUAGAUGAUGCCAACUUUUGUGACUGAACUUUGUUACAAGUCUAAUUAGAUUAAUGUAGUUAA